AUGUCAACACCAACCAGGCUCGCUGCCACCAUUGCAGCUACCGCUGUGGUUACUGCUGCUGCUGUUGAAGUCUAUCAUCGCUUUUCCCAAGUGGAAACGCUGGCCCCAAAGGCGAAAAAGGUUACCGAGACCAACUCUGACUACUCGGAAGAGCUCAUUCGUGAACAACUUACAAGAAACUACGCUUUCCUCACUGAGGAAGGAAUGGAGAAGGUUAGGGGCCAGCAUGUUGUUGUUGUAGGUGCUGGAGGUGUGGGUUCGUGGGUCAUUACCAUGUUGGUGAGAUCUGGAGUCGGAAAGAUCAGAAUCAUCGACUUUGACCAAGUGUCUCUUUCGUCGCUCAACAGACACGCCGUGGCCAACUUGAUGGAUGUGGGAACUUCCAAGGUGGAAUGUUUGCGCAACCACUUACUCCAAAUUGCUCCGUGGGUGGAAAUCGACGUCAAGAAUAAGUUGUGGAAUCUCGACUGUGGAGACGAGUUAAUUUUCGGCGACGACUUUAACCCCACGCUUGUUGUUGACUGUAUUGAUAACAUCGACACCAAGGUGGAUCUUUUGGCGUUCUGCCACCAGCGCAAAGUGAAGGUGAUUCUGUCUGGAGGAGCCGCAUGCAAGUCAGACCCAACCAGAAUCAACAUUGCUGAUCUUUCCAAGACCGAGGAAGAUCCAUUAGCACGUUCGGUGAGAAUCCGCUUGACUAAGAAGGGAAUUAUCGACAACAUUCCUGUGGUUUUCAGUGCAGAGAAGCCAGACCCAAGAAAGGCUAAGCUUUUACCUCUAGAUCAGGAGGAAAUCGACAAGGGAGAUGUGGAGCAGUUGGCUGCACUCAAGAGUUUCCGUGUACGGAUCUUGCCAGUGUUGGGAACAAUGCCAGGUAUGUUUGGACUUGCAUUGGCUACUCACAUCAUCACCACCGUUGCUGGAUACCCAACUGAAUAUGUCGAGGGAAAGAACAGAAUCAAGGUUUACGAUGGAAUCUUACAGAGCUUGGCUGGACAAGAAGCACGCAUUGGACAUCUUGAACAGAGGACGCCUGUCAGCUUGAAGGAUGUUCCAUACAUUGUCGAGGAGGUGUUUAGAGGCAAGUCUGUGGUUUCCAACUACUCGACCAGAUUGACCCUCUCAAGAUGGGAUCCUCACCAGGAGCUCAGUUUCCAGAACAUUGUUCUCAUGACAAAGGAUGAGCAGAAGAAGCAUGAGGAGAGAGUGUUGAAUGGUGGAGAGGACUUGAAGGAUGUUUACAGUGAGGAGGUGUUGAAGAGGGUUGCCAUGAGAUUUGCCCAGGAGAAGUAUUACUCGACGUUUAGAUAG